AUGGCAGGCAGCUUUUUCCCAUAUCACGAGCCAGGGAUUGUACAAAUCUUGAUCAUCAUCUCCUUCUUUUUCAUCUUAUCUUUGUCGGAAUGGGCAUCCGCUAAGAUUAUCCGGGCGGGCAUCAUUGGUCAAAUUGCAGUUGGCAUUGUGUAUGGGAAACCCCUUGCCGAUAUUCUCGAAGACGAUUGGGAGACAACAUUUCUUGCCCUGGGAUAUGUAGGCUUAAUCCUUAUUAUAUUUGAAGGAGGUCUUAGCGCUCGCAUUGACCUUUUGAAGGCAAACUUGGUGCCGAGCAUGCUCGGUGCUGCCACGGGUGUCUGCUUUCCUAUAGGCCUAUCUUACCUCCUUCUUUAUCUCGGAUUUGGAUAUGGCGUGUGUACUUACUCCAAAUACGUAGGCACGACGUUUGCGGUCAUUUCUUCAGCUUCCGGUACUGUAGAUCUCGCCCAGACACGGGUUGGCUCCGUUUUGAUUAGCGCAGCUGUUAUGGACGACGUUGUCGGCCUGGUUAUGGCUAGCGUCAUAGGGAAAUUAGGUCAGCUCGAGGGCGGCAACGACGUGAAUCUUGGCUGGCUUAUUGGACGUCCAAUAGUGGCAUCAAUUGCGAUGGCAACCGCCACGCCAAUUGUGACAAAGUUCUUUUUCGCCCCGAUCUUCCGGCGGUAUAUUGAGGAUUACUUUGCACGAUAUGAUCAUAUAUCUAAUAUUAUAUUGAUGAUCCUAUCUAUGUCUGCAUUUAUAAGCAUUGCAGCAUACACCGGCACAUCAGUUCUCUUUGGUGCAUUCUUAGCCGGGACAUUUCUUACAUAUAUACCGAGCAAGCAUCCAGAGGGACCCUUUGUCGUUAUGAGCCGUGAAGAGGGAGAGCGCUCCGCAGAUAAGAGUCCUACGUUUGUGCACACUUUCGAGAGAUACCUCAUGGAUAUUCAAAAGUAUCUCAUGGAGCCACUAUUCUUCGCGAGUAUCGGGUUUGCCAUUCCUUUUGUGCAGCUCUGGACGGGUAAACGGAUAUGGAGGGGCGUCAUUUUCACACUUCUCAUGGUGUUCGGAAAGCUUAUCGUUGGGGUAUGGCUACCACUAUGGACUUGGUGCCCUUUUAAUUCGCUAUUCCGGCGAAUUAAAGUCUGCAGCCCGAGGAAGAGCAGUGCUGGGGGAGAAGUUCAUACGACCCAAGGGAGUGAGGAGAAGAGAAGGAAACCGGGGACCAUCUGGCUUUCGGCAAUGUUGCUGGGCUCCGCCAUGGUAGCUCGGGGUGAAAUUGGUCUGUUAAUUGUUGAGAUCGGGUACAAUGAGACAGCGUAUGUCAGCGAGGAUGGUUUUAUUACGGCGGUCUGGGCAAUCUUGCUCAAUACCAUCCUUGGGCCCGCAACGGUGGGUAUUCUUGUCAAAUUCUACGGCAAGCGUAUAGGAAACGGCGAAUGGGGUUUACAAGAUUCUGUGGCACCGGGAGAGGGAUCACACAUUAGCUCUUAA